AUGUCCUCGCAACAAACAGAGGUGUUUCCGCCUCUUGCAUCCAGGCCUCCCCCUGUGACGCGUUUGAGCAGUUCGAACAGAAUUGGCACGCGACGACGAAAGAGCUCAAGUUUGGGCGGUGACCCACGAGGAGAUACUGGAGCGACGGCACUGGCGACCAAAGAUAUAGCACAUGGAAAGCCGUCGCCUCCGGACACUCCGACCCAUGGCAAAGCAGGAAGAAGUUCAAAACGGCGCAAAGCAAAGAGCUUGUUCAAGCGCUGGGUGCGAAUGUCGCUCAGGCACACCUGGGUCAAUCCACUCAUUCUAGUGCUGAUCAUAUUGAGCGCGUACUUUGUCAAUCCCGGAAAACACAAUCCUCUGCACCCUGCGAUCUUCCUGUCCUACCCGAACCCUCCGCUGAACGAAAGAACGAACACUUUACCCGCGCAUUUGGGAGACCCGGUCCAAUAUGGCAAAGGUCCUAAAGAUUUCGCCUUCGUCGCCUUCUACACCAUCGUAUUCUCCUUCACGCGCGAGUUCCUCAUGCAGCGACUUAUUCGACCGAUCGCUAUUUACUGCGGGAUCAGAAAUAGAGGGAAGCAGAGUCGUUUCAUGGAGCAAUUCUACACCGCAAUAUACUUUGCCAUAUUCGGACCAUUUGGGCUCUACGUCAUGAGCAGGACUCCGGUGUGGUUCUUCAACAUCCCGGGCAUGUACGAAGAGUUUCCGCACCGCUCGCAUGAGGCUGUCUUCAAGGCUUACUAUCUGCUGCAAGCAUCGUACUGGGCACAGCAGGGCAUCGUGCUUCUCUUACAGCUAGAGAAGCCGAGAAAGGACUUCAAAGAGCUUGUGAUGCACCACAUUGUGACACUUGCUCUGAUCGGUCUGAGCUAUCGAUUCCAUUUCACAUACAUUGGAGUGGCCGUUUACGUGACCAUGGACAUUUCCGACUUCUUCUUGGCGACUUCGAAGAUCUCUAAUUACCUUAAUUGGUACUUUACACCACCAUACUUCUUCACGUUCAUCUGCGUAUGGGCAUACUGUCGACACUACCAAAAUCUCAGGAUUCUCGCAUCUCUGCUGCCGAAUGGGGAAUUCGCGACAGUAGGAUCAUACGAGCUGAACUGGGAAAGUCAGCAAUAUAAGUGCUGGAUUUCGCAGACGAUCACAUUCGGUCUGCUGGCAGCUCUGCAGGCUGUGAAUGUGUUCUGGUUCGUCCUCAUCAUCCGAAUUCUGGUGCGAUUCUUGCGCACGGGCGAGGAGAAAGACGAACGCAGUGAGGACGAGGAGGAGACGGAGUGUGAUCCAAUUGAACAGGGUGCCAGCAGCAGCGGAUUCGCAGUUCAGCCUCAGGUCCAGCUCAAUGGAGAGCCGGUGGAGGCAGCGGGAACGGGCAUUGACGGAAAGGCGGCGAAGGAGUUGAGGAAACGAUAA